GUUAAAAUUAGAUUUAGUUUUCUCCUCAAAAAAAAGAGUUAAGUUAAAAAAAACAGUUUUCGUUUUUAAAUGAAGAAAAUUGAAUUAUGCCGACGAAUACUGAAGUCAUUGAUAGGAUUAGUUACGAAAACGAUCAGAUAGCAAAUUCCUAUCGACUGGAAUCGCAAAAUCCAUUUAAAGCGGAACCAGUGGAGAAGAUUUUAGAAACAUGGAUGAAUAAUAUUUUAGAAAAUGCAUCUUACGAUGCAAAUGAAAGUCCAAAAUUAUGCGCGCAAAUCGCAAAAGAAAUUAGAAAUCGAGUCCAAAUGUUAGAAUUUGAUAGAUACAAAAUUGUUGUUGUCGUAACUAUAGUGGAAAAGGAAAAUCAGGGCAUAACAUCAACAAUGGCAUGUGUCUGGGAUAGUCAAAGAGACAAUUAUGCUAAAUAUGUUUUGGAAACUCUUACUUUUAUUGCCUAUUGUUGCGUUUAUGGAAUUUAUUGUGAAUAA